AUUCAUUUAGUGUGAUACAUAAACCCUGGUGACAAAUCACCAAAACUUUUUUGUGUUCUUUUCAAUACAUUUUGCCACAAAUUAUUUUCUAAAACUUCAGCAAAUUUGGUUGUGUUUUUAAUUUCAUUGCUUAAUUCCUAUGCAAAAUUGUACGGUGCGUAACAGUUAAUUUGGAAUUGUAUGAAACGUGUUCUAGUAAAAGCUUAAAAAGAGCGUAAAGUGAACGGGUGCGGAUAGAAAAUCGUAGGAAUUUUGCAAUAGUGCACAACGAAGUCUGUAACCAGUCAAGAUAGUGAAGAAAUUUCGAAGCUCGAAGGUACCAGUCAGCACAAGCAGGAAAAAGUAAAGCAAAAUGGUUGAUAAAUUCAUCAGCAUGUGGAAGGUGCGCGAAUUGGCUGAUAAAGUCACCAAUGUCGUAAUGAAUUAUACAGAAAUCGAAGGAAAGGUACGAGAAGCAACAAAUGAUGACCCUUGGGGGCCUACUGGCCCUUUAAUGCAAGAGUUGGCACAUUCGACUUUUUCAUAUGAGAGUUUUCCGGAAGUGAUGUCUAUGCUAUGGAAGCGUAUGUUACAAGACAAUAAAUCCAAUUGGCGAAGAACCUAUAAGAGCUUACUUUUGUUGAACUAUUUGGUACGUAAUGGAUCCGAGCGUGUGGUGACAUCCUCGCGAGAACACAUUUAUGAUUUACGGUCGCUGGAAAACUACACAUUCACCGAUGAAGGUGGCAAGGAUCAGGGUAUCAACGUUAGGCAUAAGGUUAGAGAAUUAAUAGACUUCAUACAGGAUGAUGAACGGCUACGCGAUGAACGAAAAAAAGCCAAAAAGAAUAAGGAUAAGUACAUUGGCAUGAGCAGUGAUGCGAUGGGUAUGCGCAGUAUGAGUGCACAAAGUAGCGGUUAUAAUGACUGGCGUGCGCAGCGCAGCGAUUUCGGUGACAAUUGGUAUUCUGAUGCGCGUGGCGGUGAUCGUUACGAGGACGAAGACGCGCAGUACGAGGGCGAAAGGGAGUACUCCGAUAGCGAUUCUCCCAGUCCGAGGAGAGCCUAUCGCUAUAACGAUCGUUCGAGUCCCGCUGAAAUUGGAACGGAAGCAAAGCCGCCGAAUUCCAUCAGUAUGAAUUUACGUCCAAAAUCUGCGACGAGCAGCACGACGUCGAGCAUCACAAGGCAACCAGCGGCGAAACCGGCUGUUGGUGCUAAAAAAAUUGAUAUGGGUGCUGCAGCGAACUUUGGUAAGAUGUCACCUUCUGCAGCAGGCAUACAUUCGCCGACUCAUCGUGAUACACCAAUCGGUAAUGGCGAUGAUUUGAUUGGUGGCAGCAGUGGCGGUGGUGUAGGCAGUGGGGCAUCAUCUAUUAACAAUAAUCUUACGAACGUACAACAACAAAGCAAUAGCAGCAAUAAUAACAACAAUAGUUUAAUAGAUGAUAUAUUCAAAACGUGCGCGGUGCCGAAUGAUAAAACAUUGACCAGUGCUGCUGUUACGCCUGAUGACUUGGACGAUUUCAACCCGCGUGCAAUUGAGUCCAAGCAAUCGCAAGAGUUCGGUGAUUUCACUUCGGCCUUUGGUAGUGCUGCGGUGCCGGAACUACCCUCGGCGAACAUUGCAUCAGCUUCCACCGAUGAAUUUGCCGACUUUUCAGCAUUCCAAGGAAGUACAACUUCAAAUAUUUCUAGUGGAGUAGACAACAAUUUGCUGACAACUGCAACACCAGCUAAUGAAUCGUUUGAUUUGUUCAGCGGUUCCACUACAACUGUUUCCACAACAGCAGCGUCUGGUGCUUCAACAGCCACGGAUCUAUUGGCUGGCCUAGGGGACUUGUCCAUUCAUCAAAGCAUGCCAAUGGACAAUAUUCUACCACCAAUUGCAAACAAUAACAACAAUCUACUACAACCCAUCAGCGCUAAUAACAACAACCAGCAACCGCAAACACUGGAUGCGGUAACAAAUGCCACCACGCAAUCGAUCGUCGCCCAAAAUGUUGGUGCCACUUGGUCUGAUAAUUUAAAAGCUGGAAAUCUAAAAAUCGAUCUGGAUAACUUGUUGAACAGCAAGUUAAAUAAGGCGAAUGCGCCAGCACUAUCGAUGAAUGCUUUAAAAACACAAAGCCCAACGAACCAGACAGGCAGCGCCAGCAUUAGCAACAACAAUGUGCCUUUGGCGGUGCAAUCAGUCAGUAGCUUUAAUGCACUUGGCGGUAGUGGCAUCUCACCGUUGACAAGUCCCACUUUUGGCGCACCAACAACUGGUGGUGCGCAAGUAACCACAGGUCUACCAUCUGCUGCCAUAGGCAUUCCAGGCGGUGCCUUUUUUGCCGCUGCACCACAAAACAUUCCACCGCAAUUACAACAACCAACCGGAGUAGCAGCCGCAACAACAACACAAUUGUUUGCCAAUUUUAGUGCAAUUAAUUUGGCGCAGCCACAGCAACCGAAAAGCGGCGGCAACAACAACAACAAUAACCAACUACAAGCGCAAGCCUUCGACAUAUUCCAAUGAUAUCUAAUAGCGUAAAUGCAUCACAUAUUAUUUACUGUAUAGUUUGGAUAUUUGUAUGCAAUUUUUCGUUUCAUUAUAAUUUUUUAUUUUCAACUGCAAUGUUUAUUAUUAUGAUUAUCUGUGUGUGCUGAUUAUCUGUAUGAAGUGAAGUAUUGCAGUUUUCGACUGCUAAUCUUUGAAAUGAAAUUUGAAAGCAAUUCAACAAAAGAAGAGAAUAUACAUAUAAACAUUCAGACAAGCAAAUUAGAUAUUACAACUUUUUGUCUACCUACAUAUAUAUGUACAUACAUUUGUACAUUCUACACACUUAUGUACAAGACUUGUAUUGAAUUAACUGGAUGUGCUGUUGUCUAUUACUUUUGAGUUUUAAUUGUUAAUUAUUGCAAUAAAUAUGUAUGUUAAAUACAAUAGCAAAGUAUACAGUACUUGCAUACAUACAUAUACUAUGAAAAAAAAAAAAUGAAUUAACGUUCGAAAAGUUAAAUAAUAUUAAACCCAAAAUUUGUAUUAGUGAAUAAAAUGCAUAAAUUGAAUAUACAGAGGAGAAUUUGUUUUUUGAAAUUUUAACGUAUUAUUGCUUCAUACUUUGGGGAUGUUUCAGGGCGAAUGCAAUCCACGAAUGUACAUGUAUGUAUGUAGGUACAUACAUAUCGUUACCUUAAAAUAGAAAGACCUUAAGUUAUUUUUUAUUUGCAAAAUCAAGAUACAAAUUUCAGUAUGUUUAGCUGUGGAUUUUUAACUUUUGUUCAGUUUCUCAGUCCAGUUAGUUUUUCCAUAUCAAGGUGACGAAAUUUACGUACGCAUCGAUGGUAAGCGUUUAUUGUGUUAGUCUCCUUAUGCCUUCCUCGAGGUUGUUGGUUCAAAUAGUAUUACUUGUAUUUUUGAAACACCAGUUGAUUUCUCAAAUUCAAAUUCACAAUAAAAAAUACACAAUAUCGCACCUGUCGCGGAUAUGAAAUCGUUAAUACACGAAAACUGAUUUCAUACGAUACGUUUACAAGCGUUUAUCGUCGUAUCGUAUGAAAGUUUCUAAUAAUGGGGCUACUUUUGUUUGUUUGCGACCACUCAUAUGUACCCCAGUAAAAGAAUUAUGUGUGCAUUUUCGCUCUAUUAAAGAAGGGUAAAACUUUUUGCUGUAUGCAAUUAUGAAACUUGAUAUUCAUUUAUAAUUUUAACUACCGUUAUCACAAACAAUAGUUAAUACUCAAUAGUAAAUAGUUAUAUGUGCAAAAUGAAUUAUUCAGCUUCCGCAUGCUCCAGUGUUAAAAAUUUUCAACAGAAAACUGCCCAAAUAAUUCAUAAUAAAAACCGUUUUCUUACUUGUCCAUGUUAUAUUAUGGCCCAUAAUAUCCCGUGGCACUGCAAUAUCUAAAGAAGAGCCCGGAAGUAUAACAGGAAUGAACUUUUGUGGCAUGAAAGGUAGCUACAUAACUGCUGAAGUAAUCAGAUAGCUGAAUAAAAUAAGAAAUGUUGUAGGCAGACUUGAAAACCGUUAUUUUCAGUGAUGAAAAAAACUUCAAUAUAAUUGAUCCAGAUGCUCACCAUAACAAGUGGUAAACCUGUUCUCGGCAAAAUGGAUCUUUGAUUUGAAGUAAAAUCGUAUAGCUUUUAAAAAGAAAUAAAGCAGUUUAAAUUUGACAAAAGUGGAUAUCCAGAAGUUGAAACAUUGUUUGCGCAUUAAAUUGGAAAAAUCUUCGGGCAUUUCGACCGAAGGUUUUUUGGAAAUCGCAGCGGUAAAACGUUGUUAUUCUUAUCGUGCGACCAACAAAGUUGUUAUUCAAGGAACGAAAUACUUCUUUUAGGGUAUCAAGCUUCAAAUAUGGGCUUUAAUACCACUGAAAAUUUGUAAGAUCUACUCCUCAACAAGAUUUUUACUUAUUCGAAACAGAAUAAUAACGCGUUGAAACUUAUAUAAACCAAACUUCACAAAUAGGAGGAAAUAAUAAAAAUUUUACUACAAAAUUUCGGUAAAAUCUAUGCCGCGAAGGGCAAAACAAACAAAAUUGUGAAAUAGAAAUCUAAACCAAUACCAACAAAUAAAAUUGUCUUAAAAUUUUUUUUUUAAAUAAUUCAUAAACUACAACUUGUUUCUUUGCACAUAUAAAUAUUUUAUAUGAAAACUUCAGCAUAAUGGUACAAUUAAAUUAUCUUGUUAUAAACUAAAACAUACUAAAGCAUAUAAAGUCGUUUACAUUUAUUCUUUUUGAUAGAGUUAAUGAAUCCAAUCAUAGGGAAAAAACAUCAAAGAUCUAGUAUUGGUUUUUCAUUAAACCAGUUGAAGUGGAAGUAUUGCACAUAUAAUAAUUUUUUUUUUGGGGUAUGUACAUUAGGAUGGGUUGAACAUUUUAUUUUACCUGAAUCCUUUUGUAAUACAUACUUUAAAGAUGGGCUUGCUCGACUUUGCAAUAAUAAUUUUAAUAUUGCGCGAAUAAUUAAAGUAUCACAUUGGGUGUGAAUGUUGGCCAUAUUAUAAGGUCAAUUGCAGACCUGCAAAAUGUAAUUCAUUUAUUUUACUUAAUUGCAAACAGCCCGUGCAUCGAUCCCUAAAUGACGGAUUUUGUUGUUUUCUUAGACAAUAUUUCCUAGAAACCAAAUCACACAAUCAUAAUAUAUAUUUUUGUUGUUGUAUCGGCUACAAAAGGUUUCCAGACCUUUUUUAGAGUCUAUCGACCCUAUGGUGAAUAUCGUAAUCUUCAUCGUCGCCGAUCGUCGCAGCGCAUCAGUGCAAUGGCUGACAAUGGCCGUAUCGUAAGGUAUAUUAUUUGCCUUCGCCCCGAAACAUCCCCUUACUAAGAAAGUAUUCAAUACAUACGAACAUACCAUUUUAGUAGUAGUGUAAAUAUAUAUGUUCAUACCCACUCCGUCCUGAUCCCCAUUUGAAUUUAGUCAACUUAUGUAUGCAGUCGUUUCACUCAAAAACAACAAACAAAUAAUAAAACAAAGGUUGUGUAAAAUAAAUAUGUAUGUG